GAAACAAAUAUUUAAUAACACACAUUUCACGGUAUCUGCGAAGAUGGCUUCAAGUAUAUCGGUAACUGUGCUUGUGUUGGUGAUAUGCAUUGUUUGUUGUAGAGCGAUUCCGGUAAACGCUGAUAUUUCUCAAGAAAUGUUGAAUGACAUUGAUCAAAAGGUUUCGGAUGCGGUGACAAAUGCAUUUGAGGGAGACCACGAAAAGAGAGAAGCUCCGAUUUCAAAUGUUCUUUCUCAAUCCGAACUUGAUCCUAACAACGAUGAUGACGGGGGUGAUGUCCAUGCAAACAAAAGAAGUGCGACUGGUGAUGACGACAAUGAUGAUAACGGCCAGCUCGAAAAAAGGAAUGCACAAGAUGCCACUGAUGACGAUACCGAUGAUCUUGAAAAAAGAGAUACAGCGGAUAACGAUAAUGAUGACGAUAACCUUAACGAUGAAGAAACCGAUGAUCUUGUAAAAAGAGCUACAGCGGAUAACGAUAAUGAUGACGAUAGCCUUAAUGAUGACGACGGUGACCUCGAAGAUAUGUUAUUUAGACGUAAACGGUCGGUGUAUCCACUAGAUUUUAGCGAAGAGGAGGAACUGCCUAUUUCCAGCCUAAAUAGAAGAAUCCUGAGGGAGAGAAGGAACGUUCCAGCUAGCGCAGUGGCACCUAGUGCAGCCCCAAGCAAGACCCCAAACAACACCAACAAAGCGGUAUCUCAGCGUUCUCUUAAAAAUCUGCUGAAAUCUCGCCAGGGCGCUGAUGAUGAUGAUGAUGUUGAUGCCGACGAUGACGAUAAUGUACAGCGGGGAAGGAGAGAUAUGGAAGCUGGCGAUGACGACGACGAUGAUGGUGCAAGGUUUGAACGUAGCCUCUUAGAGAGCAUAGAUGACGCGGAUGAUGACGAUGACGGACAGAACUUUGCCUCAAACCAGAAGCGAAGUGUCGGAGAUGAAAAAUAUAAAGACGAUGACGAUGCGAGUGACGACGAUGAAAAUGACCUUAAUUGGCUUUGGAAACGUUCCACUGGGGCUACUGAUGACGAGGGGGAUGAUGGGCCUGCUAUGGAUAAGCGUGAUGCAAGUGACGGCGAUGAUGAAGACAUACUUUCUUUGUUGAAGCGUGCAUCUGCAGCUGUGGGCGCAAAUGACGGAGAUGAUGACGAGUCUGCAAGUGCUGAAGGGGAUUCCGAGGUUGCACCAAAGGCUAGGCGUGACGUCAGUAAAGGUGACGACAACGGGGAUGACGAAGAUAUAAUGUCAUUUCUAAAGAGAAGUCUCCAAGAAAGCGAUGGCGACGAUGGCGAUAAUGAAUUGGCCGGUAGUCCAUCAAGGAGGAAACGGAGUCUUUCAGAUGCCGAUGCCGAUGACGAUGAUGACGAUCUCGAGGAGUUUUUCCGUGGACGCCGGGAACUUCCGGCCGAUGACGGGGAUGACGGCGAUGUUGAGAAAGAUAUAAAUUCUUCCAGAGAAACAAGGAAUAUAGAAGCAGGUGAUGGUGACGAUGAUGAGACAGCCGGUAUGGACAGGGUUGUUCGCGAUAUGUUUCCGCAGACCUCGGCGGCCCAGUCCGCUGACCUGGCCGCUUCCCAGGACGCCACCAAGAGAGACACAGCAGACGACAAUGAUGACGAUAAUGUGAAUGAAGAGAAAGACAAGAAAAGAGACACUUCUGAGAAUGCUGACUUCAACAGUUCUGAAACAGAUAAGUUGUCAAACUCGGAUCAAGGAGAAGAUACAUGGGUGUGAAACCUCACAAGUGAAGGACUCCUCGCAACUACUGUGAUCCACCAGAAUGCUGUUUAAUUGUUUUAUUGUUAUCAUAAUCUAUUAAAAAUAUAAUAAUGAU